AUGACGUUAUGGAAAGUACCCAAGUCUUCCAAGAGCAGCAAAAUUAAAUCGAUGGAGAUGACUUUGAUUGAUGCUCAGGCUACUGUUCCUAGCCGCUAUGUGAAAGAUUUUCAAGAUAUCUUAAAAGAAGAUUCUGUAAGAAGGCUGUCACGAUUUGAUCAUGGACUGAACAUUGCUGGUGGUUUUCGAUGUGCUAAAUACGAAUACAAAAUCGUGUUUGAAUCAAACACAUUGAUUGAAGCUAUUUUUGAUUUUGACAUUCCAAAUCACAUUUUUGAGUUCACACCUUUUGCAGAAGUUACAAAUUAUGUGGCUAAUUUUGAUUAUUGUUUUGAUCUGAGAGGGCACAUAAUUGCAUACAGUGAUCCUAUUGUUGACUACGGAAAAAAAAGGAUUUCUGUUGAACUUGAAGAUGAAAGGGCUGACAGGCUAAAAGUAACCUUAUGGGGUGAACAUGCUGACGGAGUUUUGGAAUACAUGGACUCAAUCCCCACUUUUCCUGUUGUGCUUAUUGUACAGUAUGUAAAGUACAAGAAGUACUACUGUUGCAAAGAGUGCAACAAAAAGGUUGAGGAAAUCAAGUACUUCAGAGGUAAGAAACCUAAUGCUGAAAAACAGGUUGUCCAAUCACUGAGAGGGAGGAAUGUUGAUGCCCAAAAGAAGAUAAGUGUUGAGAAGAAGUGGAUGUGUGGUUCAAGUUACAGAUAUAUGUCAGGGAUGCAUCUGGUAGCAGGAUUGCAACCCUAUGAGACAGGAUGGUUUACAAUUUCAUUAACAAGACUUCUGGUGAAUUACGUCAGAAGGCUGGAUGUAUCUAAUUUCAACAUACGUAACAGUAACAGUGAGAUAUCAGUUGCUAGGCUUACUACAAAGGCAGACAUUAUUAAGAAAUAUCUAGAUGAUGUUGCUGAAGAUCAAGACAUUGAUCCUAAAAUGAGUGCAGAAUACUAUCAAAACUUAACACCUAAUCAGGACAGUACUGCAAAGACUGUUGUCUCCUGCACUGAUCAUAAUGACAUGGGACUUCCAGGCGAUGACAUUGUAGAGAGUCCUCCCUCAAAGAAUAAGCUACCUGCAAGUGCCGCUCAGGAGAGUGUCAAAUCAAAACCCAACAAGCGUGUCAAAAAGUUGUGA